AUGGUCCUCGUUUCAUCCAAAACCCUUAUUCAAGUACACGGCGUACUCCUGAUUAUCCUCGCCGGGUACCUGAUCAAAAGUCCGGAGUCAAUCACGGAUUCCAACAUCGUCUUUAUGAUGGGAGAAACGCUGAAAAUUGAUCUCCCUCCCCCGAAAAGUCCCUUGACAUCCCCCUUCGUCUUCUGUUCUAUCUUCCUCUUCGCCGAAGCCUUCAUCGAUAUCGUCCUCCUAUCUACUCUUCCCUACCGUGAGGCAUUGGAUGAAGCUCUGCCUUAUAUCCGUCCCCUCCGCAACUCUAACCUCCCCUCAGAGGAUCUCCGUGCACUGGAGAAGCUGCCGGAAUACAUCACUACCAACCUGACCCUGUACUGGAAUGUCUGGAUCAGCAUCACUGGAGCUCGUCUCGCGAUCUACGCUACUAUCUCGGUAUUCAUCUACCAGAGCAAGGAUUCCUUUGUCGCGUCUAGCUAUGCUGCAGCGUCGGCUGUUACCGGGCUUGACCGGUUGAAGAACCGCGCAGUCUUUACAUAUGCGUUUCUGGAAAUGAUGUUUUGGUUCUGGUCUUUCUUAACCCUCCGCGAGGAGCGACAAGAACGAUUGACCAAGUUGCUGGAAGAUGCCAGGGACAACUAA